AUGGACAGCCCACAGCCACAGGUCCACAAGGACCACAACCGCGAACUCAUGCCCAAAACUCCGACCCGACCCGAUACAUUCGACCCAUAUCCUCUUCGUAUAAAAACCGGGCGUGAAAAUAAAAGGACACCCCAAUCCACGGCCAGCUUUCGCCCGUGCGCGCCUUGCUGCCCGCUAACUGCAAUGGGAAUACUCUACGAAACCCUAAACCCUCUCGGCGCCGCCGACGACGCAACGCCGUCGCAGUCGGAGUUGGAGACCUACGUUGUCCUACGCAACCAGAUCUCCCUCGACGCCGAUGGAAGUCCGUUGCUGGAAUCCCCCGCCACGGAUUACUUCUCCCUCGAUGCGAACGAAGCGGAGGACAGGGGGACUGUCCUACGCAACCAGAUCUCCCUCGACGCCGAUGGAGGUCCGUUGCCGGAAUCCGCCGCCCCGGAAGUAGAUUACUUAUCCCUCGAUGUGAACGAAGCGGAGGACAGGGGGACUUCGGUUCCAGCAACUCCUCCUCCGCCGUCGCCUCAGUUGGCUGGAAAUUCGAUUCCGGCGGUGGAGAGGACUCUGGAGGGCAACUGGUUUCGCGCCAAUUGUCGCUCCAAAAGCCCAAUGCUUAGGCUCCACAAAGAGAUACUUGAUUUUUGUGAGUUUUUAUCACCAACUCCUGAGGAGCAAGAAUCUAGGAAUGCAGCUAUAGAAUCUGUGUCUGAUGUUGUCAAAUAUAUCUGGCCUAGUGCUGAGGUGGAAGUUUUUGGAUCUUUCAAGACAGGGCUUUACCUUCCAUCUAGUGAUAUCGAUGUUGUCAUAUUGGGUUCAAAUGUUAGAAGUCCUCAGAUGGGUCUGCAUGCUCUCUCUAGGGCACUAUCUCAAAGAGGAAUUGCAAAGAAGAUACAGGUCAUUGCAAAGGCACGUGUACCAAUUAUCAAAUUUGUGGAAAAGAAAAGUGGCAUGGCAUUUGAUAUAAGUUUUGAUGUUGAAAAUGGGCCAAAAGCUGCAGAGUAUAUUAAGGAUGCAGUAUCUAAAUGGCCACCUCUAAGACCGUUGUGUCUAAUUUUGAAAGUCUUCUUGCAGCAAAGAGAGUUGAAUGAGGUGUACACAGGUGGAAUUGGAUCUUAUGCUCUUCUUUCUAUGCUUAUAGCGAUGUUGCGGACUCACCAUGAUGGUCGAGGUUCUCCUGAGCAUAACCUGGGAGUGUUACUGGUGAACUUUUUCGAAAUGUAUGGGUGCAAGUUAAAUAAUGUUGAUGUUGGUGUAUCUUGCAAUGGUAGAGGCAUUUUCUUCCCAAAAAGUAUUAAAGGGUUUUCAGUUGACGGCCGGCCAUUUCUUAUCGCCAUUGAGGACCCACAGGCUCCAGACAAUGACAUCGGCAAAAAUUCUUUUAACUAUUAUCAGGCCAGGUCAGCAUUUGCGAUGGCAUUCACCAAGCUAACCAACUCAAAGACCAUAGCCCGACUCGGCCCGAACAAGAGCAUCCUCAGUUCUAUCAUCAGGCCCGACGCCGUGCUUCUUGAACGAAAGGGCGGGCCCACCACCGGAAAGCUGGCUGUUGGGAACUUGUUCCCGGACACUUCUGGUCCAAUGGACCAACCACUCGGCGACCGGCAGGAUAUGUACUGCAAUUGGCCGUUGAACGAUGAGGAUGAGGAACUGCUGCCACGUGGAAACGGGACUCCUGUUAACAGUGAGGGAAAAUCAUCGGGAAAGAAAAGGAAAGCUCCCAAGGAGAAAAGAUCGAGUAAGAAGUUGGCAAGAGCAGCACGUAGGGCCGAAGACAGGCAUGAUGAGAAUGACAAAUCUAAUGGUUCUGGUGGCCGACGGCAGCAUUCUCGGUGA